UCCAUUCCACCCCAACCUCUCGAUCUCUCUCCCCAUCAACGCCUCCUAAUCAAUUUUUUUUUAUAUAUAUAUAUUCCGGACACGUCAAUCAAACAAUUCCGUAGAUACAGAUACCGACCCAACUUUUUUUUAGAGAGAUAAUAAUCCUAAUAAAAUGUUGGACGGCGGGCGGCGCGACGGUGGUGGGUGUUGCUCCGGGAAGAAGAGGAAGGACAAGGACCGACCCUAUAAAGGGAUUCGUAUGAGGAAGUGGGGGAAGUGGGUCGCCGAAAUCCGCGAGCCCAACAAGCGCUCGCGGAUAUGGCUCGGCUCCUACUCCUCCCCGCUCGCGGCGGCCCGGGCCUACGACACCGCUGUCUACUACCUCCGCGGGCCGUCUUCGAGGCUGAAUUUCCCGGAGUUUUUUGCUGGUGACGGCGAAAGGCCUGCCGAUUUGUCCACCGACUUGAUCCGCAAGAAGGCAAUCGAUGUGGGCGUCAGAGUGGACGCCGUCCAAAACUCCCUCUGUGGCGGCGGAGAGGGUGAAGCCAGCCCGCCGGCCCAAUCGACCGUGAAGCUCGACUUGAACGCCCAGCCCGAACCCGAAGAGCCGAAUCUGAAUUACGGCUAAGUUGCAUCUCCUCAUCCAUAACUUCAUAUAUAUGAUCAAAACUUUUACUCCGUAUUAGUUUAUACAACUCCUACUUUUCACUUUGAGCUGAGAAUUUUGGAUGGAUGAAAUAGUAAAAAAAAUAGUUUUAAUUUAUUGCAGCAUAUGAAUGGUCAUCUGUCAAAAGGAAUAAAUAAAUUAUGUAAGUGUCUCAUCUCAUAUGCAUAUAACUUUAAUUUUACGAGUUCUUCUUGCAUUCAGUUCCGCUGAAUUAAUUUGGAAUUUAAGAUGUCCUUCACUUCGAUCUCUCCCCAGUUUUGGGUUUAACCCGGACUGUGCUUUUUGAUUCAGGACCGGAAUUGGAAAAGGUUUAUGGAAUUAUGCUCCAGAA